GAGCCGCACGUUACCAUGACAAUACGAAUACAAAUUGACGAAAUUUUACGCCAAAAAAUGUCAGAAGAGAGUGAACAAACGUUUUCGGCUUUUAGCCAAAUGGAAGGGCUUCUAGAUAAGUUGAAAUUGUUGAAUUACGAAGCUGAAUUUUUCAAGGAAACUAAGCUCAAGCCCAUCCAUAGGAAUUAUUUUGUUGUUACCAAAAACCCGGGCGAACAAUUUUAUUUGUUUGCCUUAUUGGCGGCCUAUUUAAUACAGAAGAUUGGAAUUAGUUUCCAAACGCCACAAGAGGAUGAUGACCCGAAUGUGACCGUGGAAAAAAUACUAGAUGUGGUGCGAAAAAAUGAAAUUGCUGUUAAUUUCCACGCCAAUAAGCUGAUGCAAGGUGUGGGCGAACAAGUGGUUUACAUUUUGGACAGUCUGGCCAGCAAGGCUUUGGAGAAAAAUUUCAUGUUCCAAAAGCCUUUGCUUCCCGAGGAAAAAGCGGAAGAAAGCGAGCUGAUAAACGACGAAUCCGAGAUAAACCUUGACCGUGUGGAGGAGGAAAUGUUGGCAGCUUACACGGACGAUUCCGACGAGGAAAACCUUUUCCUCCUUGAUAACGUGAAAGUGGCCCGGAAAGAGCCCCAAAUGGCCGAAAUCAAAAUGAACGUAAAUGAAGAAGCGUGGAAAUUGGAACUGGAGCGAGUUCUCCCGCAUUUAAAAAUCACAGUUAAGAAUGAAAACCGUGAUUGGCGUUCGCAUUUAGAGCAAAUGAAGCAAUACAAAGUCAGUGUUGACUCGUCACUUGGUGUGGUUAAAACACAGUUGGAGAAGUUGCAUAAGGAGAUAAGUCAAACGCUUGAUAAAAUCGCAAGUCGAGAGAAGUUUCUCAAUCGGGAGCUGGAGAAUAAUUUGGAUGAAUAUAGAAUGCUGCAAGAUCAGCUCUCGAAAAUCAGAGAUGCUUAUAAGGGGAUCAGCGAGGGGGUUGCUGAGAGGAAUCGCGAGCUGUUCAGGCUAACGGAUCGAUUGGAGACAGUCAAACAGCAAAUGGAGGAGAGAGGGAGUUCGAUGACGGAUGGAACCCCUUUGGUUAAUAUUAAGAAACAGUUGGGUAAGGUCAAGUCUGAGAUUGUGGAAAUGGAUGUAAGGAUUGGAAUUUUGGAGUGUAUUUUGCUCCAGUCGAAAAUUCGAGACGAGAAAAAUUUGGAAACUGAGUUUGGACAAGCGAUUUCGGUUUUCUAGAACAAUAAAAGUUUGUGAUGUA